AUGGCACUGAAAGAAAAUCAGCAGAAGAACAGCCCAGGAAUAACAACUGGAGCCAAGAAGAAACGCAAAGGUAAAGAAGGAAGUAGGCCGGAGUCGCCAACUAAUGACGGCAGGGAGUCUCCUGAAAACAUUCAGAACAUUCUGAAGGUGCUGGUGUCAGACCUUAACCGCUCCAAUGGGGUAGCCAUACCUUCAUUGGACAAGAGGAAGGCAUACUGUGAUGGUGGUGUUUCCACUCAUAAUGCUGAACAACUUGCUGCUGGUGUCCCCACGUUGUCUAACAGCGUGCCUAGCUCUGCCGCUCCGGGUCCUGCUAGCACACAUCCGCCACAGAUCUGUGACUCUGAUAUUCAUACAAAUGCCUUGGAAGAAAAUAGGUCCCUCUCUUUGACAGAAAGUCUCCGCCAGCUUUCUGAGCAGCUUAAUGGCAUGGUCAAUCAGCCUACACCCUAUGUGAAUGGGGAAAGUUCCACGUCUUCCACUGAUAUGAGAGAGAUGGCGACACGUUACCAGGAGCUGGCAGUAGCCCUGGACUCCAGUAAUCUAACAAACAAACAACUCAGUACAAAGGUAGAGGAAUUGAAACAGCAGAAUCAAGAGGCCAUGAAUCAGCUGGAGAAGGAAAAGAAGGGGUUUGAGCAGAAAUUUGCAAAGGAGCAAGGAGCAUUGCGAGAGCAGUUACAGGUCCACAUUCAGACUAUAGGAAUCCUGGUUUCAGAAAAGUCUGAACUGCAGACAGCCCUGACACAUACGCAGCAGGCCGCUCGGCAGAAAGCAGGAGAAGUUGAGGACCUUGCUUCUCGGUUGCAGUCCUCUCGCCAGAGGAUAUCUGAGCUGGAGCACACUCUUUCCACCAUCUCUACCCAACAGAAGCAGUCAGAGAAACAUAGUAAAGAGUUGGCAAAAGAACGAGACGGCCUGAAACUGGAAGUCUACAAGCAGAGCAAAAGCAGUGACGAACUAAAGCAGCAGAACUCCGAACUGUCAGAGAAGCUGCAUGCGCUGAUCUCAGAGAACUCGUCCAUGAAGUUGGAUGUGGAAGAUUUGCAUAAGAAACUGGAAAUGGCAGAGCUGAUGAUUCAGCAGUUUGCAAGUCAGCCUGGGAUCCCGGACGCCACUCAGCAGCUGCAAACGGCCCUGGAGGAGAGAGCCAACUUAGAAGCACAGAUUGCCCAGCUGGCGGAGUCGCUCCAGCAGCUCCAGGCUGAACGGGAUCAGUAUGCCCACAAGCUGAAGGAGGAAGGGGGAAUCUGGCAGCAGAGGGUACAGCUGCUGUCCGAGCAGAUCCAUACUUUGACAGAAGAGAAGGACCUGAAUGUGACGCGCAUCCAGGAGCUGGAAGCUAACUUGUCUGAGCUGCUCAACAGUCAGUCGGCCCCGAAGCCCCAGGAGAGUGAGCCGCCCCCCCCAGCAGGGCCCACGGAAGCAGAGCUGCGCUUGCAGGAUGAGGUCAGCCAGCUGCAGCAGGACAAGGAGGAGCUUCGUGAGCAGUGCCGGGCCCAGGUGCAGGACAACAAGCAGCUGAGCCGCCUCAAUCGCGAGCAGGAGGAGCGGCUGCUGGAGCUGGAGAAGGCGCUGCAGCGCUACAGCGAGGAGGCUGUGGACAGGCAGCAGAUCCUGGAGCACAUGCAGAGCGACAAGGCGACCAUCAGCCGGGCCCUGACCCAGAACCGGGAGCUCAAGGAGCAGCUGGCCGAGCUGCAGAAUGGGUUUGUCAAACUGACCAAUGAGAACAUGGAGGUGACGAGUGCCUUGCAGUCCGAGCAGCACGUGAAGAAGGAGCUGGCAAGAAAGAUCGGGGAGCUGCAGGAGAAGCUGGCAGAGCUCAAGGAGACGGUGGACCAGAAAACGAGAGAAGCCGAGGCCCUUCAGGAGCAGCGGGACCAGUACUACGGCCACCUUCAGCAGUACACGGCCGCGUACCAGCACCUCGCCAGCGAGAAGGAGGAGCUGCACAAACAGUACCUCCUCCAGACACAGCUCAUGGACCGCCUGCAGCACGAGGAGGUCCAGGGCAAAGUGACGGCAGAGGUGCACUUCAAAGAGCUGCAGGAGGCCAAGGAAAGCCUGGAGGUAGUUGCCAAAGAAAACAAAGAGCUGCAGGCCCAUGUCAGCCAGCUCAUGGCCGAACUGGAUGCAAAGAUGUUGCCCAGGGCAGAAGGGGAUGGCGUGGAAACUGAAGAGGAGACUGUGGAGGACAUGAAGACCUCACUCAUCAUCCCAGAGGAGUUUGAAGACAGAGAAGAGAUGGUUGCGUUCUUGACGUCUUCCGUGUCCCAAGUGGAGCAGGAGCGUGAGGAGAUGCGGCAGCAGCUGGCUGAGCAGAAGAGGCAGUGCAGAGGCCUCCUGCAGGAGAUAGCUGCACUGAGGAAAGAGCAGCAGCUGCACGUUGCGUCAGGAGCACCAGGUCCUGCUGCAGAUUCGGUUCCAGGAGAGGUUCACGAAGCCUUAAAGAGUGCCAUGGAGAAGCUGCAGUCCCGUUUCACAGAGUUGAUGCGUGAGAAGGCAGAGCUGAAGGACCGGGUGGAGGAGCUGGAGCACCGCUGCAUUCAGUUGUCUGGAGAAACAGACACCAUCGGUGAAUAUAUUGCCCUGUACCAGAGUCAGAGGGCUAUUCUAAAGCAGCGGCACCGGGAGAAAGAGGAGUACAUCAGCAGACUGGCUCAGGACAAGGAGGAGAUGAAGAUGAAGCUACUGGAGCUCCAAGAGCUGGUGAUGCGAUUGGUCGGUGAGCGGAAUGAAUGGUACACAAAGUACACGAGGGUGGCUCAGAACCUGGAGCCGAAACCCGGCCCAGGGAGCGAGGCCGCGGUCACCCUGGAGAGGCGUCUUGAGCUGGAUGCUACGGAUGGUGAAGGACUGCGGGAAGUGAGUUUGACAGAUGAGCCAGAGCAGGAGAUGGCAGUUCCUGCCUCCCAUCGGUUCCACGCUGAUGACAAAGGUCCCCCGCCUGCUCCUCACGACCCCACCGCCAAGCAGAUCAUGCAGCUUCUGCGUGAAAUCCAAAAUCCCCGAGAGAGGCUGGGCUCCCUCUUGGAGAACCCCUGCAUUCCCUUCUUCUACCGGGCUGACGAGAACGACGAAGUCAAGAUCAUGGUGGUUUAAUUUGCCCCCUAAACGUGGCACAGGGCUCGCCGAGACACUGAGUGGUCCUGGCUUUUCUGUCCUCCGCUGAUGACUGGCAUCAUGCAUCGUUCCAUCCCUUCAAUGUUCCUAAGCGGAUCGUGUGCUGCCGGCCUGUGACGUUCAGGAGGGCACAUGGAUUUCCUGGCUUCAGCUUCUGGCAAGCCAGUCUUUCUCUCAGCCGAUGACUUUGUUCCACAUGUUGGUCAGAACAGCCAUAUGCCCAUCAUCGCCCCACUAAUUUAUUCUGCAUCUGGGUGGUUUGGGUUUGGAUCGACUGCUUGUCUCUCAACACGGAUCUUGGUCCUUUCUGCUGUACUAUGUCGAUCCUGUCAGCUACCUGCGUCUGGUCCUCCCUAUAGCCGGUUGGUUAGACAAGCUCUAGGCAAGCUCUUCAGAAUGUUUUUUUGUUUCGUUCUCGUUAAAAACAGGCAGGGCAGCCUUCCCGCUGGCCUCUUUCUGGGGAUGGGCUUUUGAUUAGUUGGUGUGCGUUAAUUUGGGAAAGGGAGGGGGGCGUGAAACUAUGGCCUGUGCUUUCAGAGGUCACGUACUUUGCCGUCUUUUUUGUUGGAUUUUAUUUUUUAAAUAUGGGGGAACCUAGUAAAAAGCAGAUCACUGAGUUUUUAAAAAUUGGCUUUUAUGAUAACUUUUGGGAUUUCAGCUACCCCUACCUGGGUCUUCUUUUGUCCUUCCUGGGCAGUGGUUGUGCUGAAAUUGAGCCUGGGGUUUUUUAGAGCAAUUGUUUUUCCUGUUAAGACUUUGGUACAGGACUAGGCAGAGUAGAUCUGUGUAGGAGCGUGAAGGGACGUACAGUUGCUGUUCAGUGAAAAAGGCAUCACGAGUGAGCACAUGUGGCAGGGACAAACUCCAGAACUUGCUCCAAGCAUAGCCAGAAUACUCCAUAGGAGGCUGGCUGUAAGAGAUGGGUGCAUCUCUCUGUCCAUUUGCACAUAGGCAGUCAAGGGGGGUGGACCGGUGAUGUAACUGUCUGUCAUGGUGAUUCUGCCUGGAGAUAAAAGGUGGGACACAGAUGAUGCGUCCCAUUUCUCACAUACACUCCCCUCUAAGGUGUUCUGCUGAUUGCUAAUGUGAUUGAUUCUUCCAUUUGGGCCAGAGCUUUUCCUUUUCUGGUACAGUCUGCUAGGGGGAAAAGCCCAUCCAUCCAGAGGCAAAAAGCACACAGGGAAGUUGUUUU